UGCAUCAUCAAUCCUACCGCUACGACAAUACCUGGUGAUCAUCAUCGUACAUCUAACAACGUCAAACACUUCCAUUUGAUCGAAGAAUUUUUUGAUUGGGGUGUGUUCAUGAUCUAUUAUUGGGCUCUUGGUACUGCUGCUGCAUGAGAAAGACGUCAUGAAACAGCCAAACAUAUGUCUUGUCCAAGACAUCUCGUUGAGCAGAUGAGCGCCUAAGGUUCUGUGAAGUAGAUACAUGUAGAGAAGAUUGAAUUAGACUCAAAGGCCAAUUAUUUUCUUAAAUUUCUAGAGAAUCCGGUCCCCAUACAUACGUCUGUAAGUUAUGCAACCAACCAACCAACCAACCAACCAACCAUGGUUUGCAUUAUGCUGGUGCACAGUACCACCUGUAGACAAGGGAUUCAUGGUGGGCCUUGUGGCUUCUUAAAACAAAUAAGUAUUAACCGCCUUGGAAACAAUUUUUUCAGGGUAAUUUAUGUCCCUAUUGUUCGAUAAUAACAAGAGGGCAGGCAAUGACUCUACUGGUUAUGUGCGUGUGAGGUAGUACUGCCUCUUUGUUAUUUCCUAAACAAAAGUUCUUGGAAGCGCAUGACAUGGGGCGGCCCAGACUUCUCCCCCAUCUCCAUCUGCUCCUCCUGCUUUUGCUUUGCUCACUUGCCAUUUCUUUCUAUUGCUAUUAUUAUUAUUAUUACCAUGAAUCACUGCUCUCUCCAUCUGCAACAACCCACUUCACCUUCCUCCCCUCCUCCUACCCCAGAAAACCCAUUGAAAUCCACAAACACCAAAAUCAAAUUCUUCAAACCCUCACCAAGGACAAUAGAGGGUUGUUUGCGCAGCCUCCUUACCACAACUGGGAGAUUUUCAGAGACGAUUUCAACCAAAUGUUGAAGAACUUUAAGAUAUUUGUGUAUCCUGAUGCCUUCUUGCCCUCUGCUCCCUUUGCUAACAUCUUUCUCCCUCAUCCCAACCCUUUAGAUGCCAAGCUCGGCAACUAUUUCAGCGAGCACAUGUUUAAGAUCAGCCUCCUUAACAGCUCCCUCCUCACAUCCAACCCACAUGAGGCCCACCUCUUUUUCAUGCCCUUCUCCAUCAAUGCCCUCAGGAAUGACCCUCGGGUGCGAUCGGAGCCGUCCAUUGCGGAUUUUGUUGCUGGAUACACUGCUGAGAUAGCACAAAAGUUCAAGUUCUGGAAUGCAUCUAAGGGGGCGGACCACUUCUUUGUUUUUUGCCAUUCGGUCGGGAGAGAUGCUGCAUCGAAACACGAGGAUCUUCACUACAAUGCCAUUCAGGUAGCCUGCUCCUCCACCUACUUCCACAGGCUCUAUGUUUCUCACAAGGACAUUGCGUUGCCCCAAGUCUGGCCUCACCUCCUCAACCAAACUUUAAUUUCCCCAAAUUCAAGGACAAGGCUUAUUUUCUUCUCAGGACGUGCUCAGAAUUCCCGGGUUCGUCAAGAGCUGAUAGCAACAUGGCAGAAUGACACUUCCAUGGAUGUUUUCUCCGGAUACCCCCCAUUCCCAGUUGAGGAAGGAUUUAAGAGGAGCCGCUACUGCUUGCACGUAAAGGGAUAUGAGGUUAACACCGCAAGGAUCUCCAAUGCACUGAACUAUGGUUGUGUUCCUGUUAUAGUUUCAGACCAUUAUGAUCUUCCCUUUGCAAAUGUCUUAGACUGGACCAAGUUUGCUGUCAUUGUUAGCCAUGGAGACGUAAGGUUUCUGAAACAGAUUCUGAUGUCAAUACCGAGAAAAACAUAUAUUGGUCUGUAUUCCAACCUCUUGAUAGUUCGAAAACACUUCAGAUGGCAUGCCACUCCAAGAGGCUAUGAUGCGUUCCAUAUGACUGCUUAUCAGUUAUGGCUGAGGAGAGGAAUACAUUCUUUUUCUUUUGUUUAGUCCCCAUUGAUUUAGUUGCCUUUGGCUCGGAAAAUGUUCAAUGAACACUUUGCUAGCCAGUGUCUGCUCAUUCUAAUCAAUGCAUCCGAAAGCUUGAGUAUAGCUGCUUCCAAGGGACAGUUCAGAUGAUUCCUGGGAGCAAAACUGUCGUCUAGUUUGUAAUGUAAUAAUAGUGUACCCACCAAGCCUAUCUCUAAUUGGGUGCUUACAUCUUGAAUUCAAUGCCAGUAGAGGUUGUGGCCCCAUGGAAUCCUGUCCCUCAGAGUGUACUGUCUGAACUCAAUGGACAUGAUUGAAGACCAAUGCACCUACUAUACCAGAUGUUAUGGAUUGCCGCUGAGAAGAGUGGUGGCCAAGAAUUACUCUGCAUGAUGCUGAGGAAAUGGCAGAGAUUGAUGGCCUACAUGUGUGUUAAGUGGUGGAAAUAUCUCAUACAAAUGUGCAAGGAGUUGACGAAGAUUUUAUUGCAUGCCCAUGCCCAUUAGAUUAAUUCGUCCUCGUCUUGUUUUAAUUAAAAUAGCAAGUAAAUGGUUGCUUCUUGAUUAAGUUAAACUUUUUCUUUCUUU